AUGACACAGCAGAUGCGGGAUCUCCAACUGAUUCAUGGGAAGAAGCUAGUCUCUCCAUCCUCUCCUAAUGCAGCAAAGAGGUUAUACCGAAAUCUAUCGGGAAAAUUCAAAGUUAAUUAUACUUCAUUUGAUGAAACAAACUUGAUAGGACGGAAUGAAAAGAAUAAGCAGCGGAAGUCUUGUGUGAAUUUUCAUGGUAAUGAGGCGGUCUUUGAGGCUGUGGAACAGCAGGAUCUUGAUGCUGUCCAGAUGCUCCUAAAUCUCUACAGCACAGAGGAACUGGAUUUGAACACACCAAACAGUGAAGGGUUGAUGCCUUUGGACAUUGCAAUAAUGACUAACAAUGUGCCCAUGGCCAAGAUGCUUCUGCAGGCUGGAGCUAAGGAGAGCCCACACUUUGUGAGUCUGGAGAGUCGGGCCUUACACUUGGCAACGUUGGUGCGAGAGUCUGAGCAGCGUGUGAGUGAGUUAACCACACAGGUACUGAAUGAGACACCAAAUGCAAAUUACACAGACAAAGAGAAACAGCUGAAAGCCUGGGAGUGGCAUUACAGACUGUUCAAACGGAUGAAAGCUGGCUUUGAGCAUGCAAGAGCUCCAGAAGCACCAACCCACGUGCAGUUAUCUGUAGCCAGUAGCACCUCAUUGCAGGUGACAUUCCAUGAACCGCUCAGCGUCAACUCUGCAGUUGUCACAAAAUAUAAAGUUGAAUGGAGCACUUCACAUAUCUUCAGUUCAAUAACAGGAGAAGCCUUAUUGGAUGACAUGAAAACUCUACUCUAUACAAUGACAGGCCUUAUCACAGGGAUUUCCUACUAUGUCCGGGUGUCUGCCUAUAAUAUGAAAGGUUGGGGGCCCCCACAGAUAUCCACCCCUGCAUGUGCAACACCUUCUAACUGGAGACAAUGCAAUGGUAAGGAAGUGAAGCAUAGUGGCCAGACAGAGGCAUUGGACGUAUUGCUGAAUCAAAUCAAAAACAACCAUCAACAUUGUCUGUGCCAUGAAAACUCAAAAGUUCAUCUACAGGGCCGUAAACAUUCUAUGUCCAAGAGCCUGAAACACCUUUUUCAAUCAACAAGCAAAUUUGUUAAAACUCUCAAGCGAGGAUUAUACCUAACAGUGAUAUUCUACAAGGAUAAUGACAUAAUUGUGACGCAUGAAGAACAAAUUCCAGUCGUAGAGAUGGAUGAUUCAUAUUCAAGCUCACUGAUGCAAGAUUUUCUUUGGUUCACAAAGGUAUCAUGUAUCUGGGAAGAUAGUCGAUGGCUAAGUCAAUGUAUGUGUCCCUCUUUAUCUUCGUGCUCGUCAGUAUUACAGGCUCGUCAUAAGAUGCUUGUAGCAGUUGCUCAACUUCAGGGACUGCUAGGAACCCAAAAUCUUGGCCAGGUGUACUUCGAACCCAUCAAAGACAAGCAUGGCAAUGUACUGAUCGUGACCCUGAAGGAACUGAGCACGUACCAGAGUCUAGAAAAUGUCAGAUGGAUUCCCCUGUCCAAGUUCCAGACUCAACGCAAGUCACUCUCCUCUUCAGAAGAUCCCACAGCACUGGAUAUGUUGCUGUUAACUCUCCAUGAAAAGCUGGCCUAUCAUAGGAGAAGUAAUCAGGCCCUUUCUCCAGGACUUUAUCUUGGUUACCUAAAGCUCUGCAGCUCAGUUGAUCAGAUCCAUGUCCUUGUCCCUCAGAAGCUACCCAAUGUCCUGUGUCAUAUCAAGAUAAGAAACAAUCACAAUGUUUCCAGAGAUGAAUGGGAGUGGCUCCAGAACCUUUCAGCUUUGGAUGAGACCAAUCUAACAGAUCCAAAUGAAAGAUGCUCCCAGAUCCUCUUCCAGCGAGAACUCACGGUAGCCAUUUCAGAACUGAUGAAUCAGAUUGGCAUUUCACUGGAGCAGGCCAAAAAUUUCAGGCUGUACAGCCAAGAGGUGUUGGAUUUUGCAGACAACCUGUCCUUUCUUCUCCUUUUGCCGCCAUCUGAUGACGUGUGCACAGCCCCAGGACAAAAUAAGCCCAACCCUUGUUCAGGGUUCCUCACACUACCAUUACAGAUUUUUGAACUGGUGCACUUCUCCACCUAUGACAAAGCGUUCAUCAGCCAGUAUUGCCAAGUCUCAGCACUGCUGGAGUUAGAUUUGCUGCUUUCCCAGCAGGCACUGAGGGAGGCAUUUUCUGAUUCUGAGGUAGUGGCAGCCAAACAGAGGCAUCAGCAAAUCCAGGACUUUAUUCAGCAAAUGGAGGAGAUCUGGCGGGAUAUGCGCUGGAUAAUGGAUGUUCUACAGUAUGCAAGGUACAAACAGCCUCCUGGGGGCAUUCGAUUGACCUUGCUGAUGGAUUUUACCACAGAUAUAAAAAAGGACAAUCUGCAAUCUGUUUCAGCCAACUUAGAUUACUUGCCCUCCCCAACGCCCUCCCCAGAGACUAAUCGCAAACAUCCCACUGACUCACAUGGGAUAUCAGAUGAGGAAGGUUCUUCAGAGGUAUUUUUGGCCACUGACAGUGAUUAUGACUCCAGCAGAGCUCAGAGCCCUCGAGAGGUGGAUCUCAUCUGUUUAUCAGCCCUUGACUGCAGCAAAAGAUCUAGUCACAGUCUACAUGAUGGUGCUCCUGAUGUUCUUCAAGCACAUGAACUCAAAUCCCAACAAGUAAGCAGCAGUCAUGAGGACACAAGGCACACACCGCUUUAUGAUAGUGAUUUUGUGCUUCCAAGCAGACAGCUAGAGCUUUUGCAUAUAACAGAAAAAAGACAAGCCUACUGUGUCAGAACAAGCAGCUUUGAUAUUCCAACUCAAACCUUCCAUGUUCAAAGGAAGUGUUGGUCACGACCUGAAUCCAUGGAUGAAUGUUCAACAGAACAAAAGUCCAGAGAAUCAAGUAUCCCAAGAUUCUGCAGACUGGAUUAA